CUUAGAUAUUCUAAUGUAGUCCAUCAUGGCUCACGAUAACUUUGCCUAUUAUAUAAUUUCAUUGAAGAAUUAAGAUAACCUUUGGCUCUUUUAUAAUAAUAUUUUCGACAGAAUUCGGGUGCAACAUGAUUAAAUUACCAGUUUUACUUAAAGAACACCUACAUAUUGAUUCACAUCCACAAACAUGCCCAUCAUUUUAUAUAUUCUCAUAUCCAUAUUUGUAUUGUUUUUUGUUUUACUUUUUGUGUAUACGAGAAUUGUUAAAUCAACAUCCAAGUACAUGAGAAACCUUUCAGGACCCAAACCUAUAUUUCCUUUUGGGAAUACUUUGGAGCUUAUCGGCGGAUCAACUGUUACUCUCAACGUAAUAAUGAAAUACCUAAAUAUCCAUGGAGACAUUAUACUCACUCAUCCUGGACCUCUUGCGUGGGCAGUUGUAUCCGUUGAUCAUGAUUUCAACGAGCUACUGUUCAGUUCGUCCACGCAUAUUGAAAAAAGUGUUCAGUAUGAGUUUAUGAACAAUUGGCUUGGACUGGGAUUACUAACGAGUAAAGGUUCUCAUUGGAGAAAACACAGAAAAGCCAUAACGCCUGCUUUCCAUUUUUCAAUUCUAAAAGAUUUCAUUGCUGUUUUUGAUUCCAAUGGCACCAACCUGAUUAAAAGGCUUAAAGGAGAAGUAGGAAAAGAUAGCACUGAAAUUUCAAAAGUUGUGUCGUUGUAUGCACUCGAUGUCAUUUGUGAAGCUACAAUGGGAGUGAGAGUAAACGCGCUGGAACAGGAAAAUUCGGAAUACAUCAAAAGUGUCAAGGCACUUUGUAGCAUUAUUGUCGAUAGGAUUUUUUCACCAUUGCAUCCACUAUUGUACCCUAUUACAUGGAAUUAUUAUAAGGAAAAGCGAGCGCUCAAAGUAGUGCAUGCCUAUGUUGAAGACGUUAUAUCUCAGAGAAUCGAAGAAAAAAGCAAAAAAAAUCUCAACAAAGACCGACAUAAAAUGGAAGAGGAUUUCGGUCUUAAAAGACGUCUAGCAUUUCUGGAUUUGCUAUUGGAAACCACCAUCGAUGGACAAUUACUUUCGAAAAGGGAUUUAAGAGACGAAGUGAACACAUUUAUGUUCGAAGGUCACGAUACAACUUCAACAGCAAUUAGUUUUUGUUUGCUGAUGCUCGCCACUCAUCCAGAAGCCCAGGAGAAAGUAAUCAAAGAACAGAUUGAUAUUUUUGGAAGCAAUUUAAAAACUGCAAGUCCCACCUAUAACGAGCUUAAUGAAAUGAAAUAUUUGGAUUUGGUUAUAAAGGAAACUCUUAGACUUUUUCCAUCGGUGCCAUUUUUUGGGAGAAAAUUGUCCAAUGAUAUUGAGUUUAAGGGCAAUCUGUAUCCUAAAGGCUUAACAGUAAUGAUUAUUCCAUACGCAUUCCAAAGAAAUCCGAAUAUUUUUCCAAAUCCAGAAGAGUUUAUACCUGAGAGGUUUCAAGAUUAUAAUAACAAAUUUCCUUACGCCUACACACCGUUUAGUGCUGGACCUAGAAAUUGUAUAGGUCAAAAGUUCGCUAUGCUAGAAAUGCUCUCCACUGUUUCGAAAGUGAUAAGAAAUUUCAAAUUAGCACCAUCAAAGCCGGAACACAAAAUUAAGAUUGCAGCCGAAACUAUUUUAAUUUCCGCCAAUGGCGUCAGGAUAUCGCUUGAAAAUAGGGAAUGUUGAUGAAAUGAAUUGUUAAAAAAAUAUGUUAAGAUUAGUUGUCGAUUUAUAGAUUAUGACACAAGGUUGUUUCUUUUGGAAAAGCAUCUACUUGAAUGGGUUUAUUCAAACGCAGAUCUUCAGUGCUGUUGUCUUGAUAUUUCUGUUUGUUUUCAAAAAGCAUUUAUUUAGCAAGAUAAAUACAAAAAUGAAAAAUUUCAAACUUGAUAACUGUAUGCUUGAUCAAGGUUGCUUAAAACGAGGUUGCCUGAUAACUUUCAUGACGUCAUCUGUAAGCCUCAACAUAAUGCAAGUGUUCAUAAGACACUCCAGAUGCGUCAUCAAGGUACCCAUUACCAGACAACCUAUGAACUUUAGGAACCUUGAUGCUUGAUAAUUAUAUCUGACAACCCAUUGUCAAGGAACUGGUUUUGAUAUCAAAACAAAGGCGGAAGGGCAUUGCGAUGAGAUCCAAAGUGUUUUUUUUUUCAGAAAACUGGAAAUAGAUCAUUGAUGUACCUACCUAGCGUGCUUUUCUAGACCAGACCAGAUAUCAUGUAUACAGUUUCAUAUCUCAGCAGAUAUAAGAGUCGUACUGUAGCAAGUCACACCCAACUUGGAGAGAAAGUCUUUAGACUUGUACCCUCGAGGAGCUUAAGGCUGUGGAGACUAACCUCUGCCUGACUGCAUUGCGGUGCGCGUAAUUUAUACAAGAAUUAUUGCUACCGUCAGCAGUCAGUUAAUUUUCUGUAGUACAAGCGCCAAAUUCAUUUUAUUUUUAUAGUCUGUGGGCUUAUAGACAUUUAUGAGUUGACAUUGGCCAUUGCCCAUAGAUUAAGGAACAUGAAUUAAAUAACAGAUAAACCUAUUAAAAACGACUUAACUUUAUUAUUUACAUUUUAUUUCUAAUCUUAACUUUUCGAUACAAAUCAAAGUGCAAAGUAGAUAUUUGAAAAUAUGAAUCUACUACCUACGAGUUUCGAAAAGUAUGUAGACAUAUUGUCAUAAUUGGUACAGUAGAGGGUGUAAAAUAUACCCAAAUAUAUUUGGUAUAUCCGGGGUGUUCAUUUGAAACCGAACCAUCCAGGGCCGAUCCUAGCAGGUGUGCAGCGCGUGCCCCGCACGAGGGCGACCAAAACUAGGGGCGGCCACAGGCCGCCUAUAAUUCUGUCAUUCAAGAUUAUUAUUAUUAUUAUUGUUUUGAAAAAUUUUCUCACUUUUUCGAAAAGUGGUGUUACUUCUCCGAAAUAGCGGGCUGUGCCAAGCUAUUUCAGAGUCUACCGCUGGAAUUAAGAAAUGAUCUGACUAUAUUACAAGUUUUUAUGAUGACAGACUUUUGAAUAUUUGUGUGAAUGUGUGAGUUGAUCCCGAGCUGCUUAAGGUGCGAAUCGAACAUGUCAGGUGUAAUGCCUGUGGUGGAUAUAACGAAUGGUAUGACAGUUACUUUUUUUUGUUUCCAGAGCCUCUGAACUUCUAUGCCCAAUUCUGUAUACUUUGAUAUUUUUUCGUUAUAUUUGUUUUGAAUCAUUGGGUAUGGCUAUGUCUAUGAGAUAGGUGAUCUGUUCUUUUUUAUUUUGGAAAACUAUGUCUGGUCUAUUGCAUGUUAUUGUUUUAUCCGUGCGUAUUUCUACAUCCCAGUAUAGUUGGUAUCUAUGAUCGUGUUGGGGGCAUAUUUAUAGUAUGGUGUUUCUUCUGUAAUUAGUUUGUAAGUUUUUGCGAGUGCCUGGUGAAUAAUUCUUCCUGCCAUGUUAGGUCUCUCGGUGUAGUCUCUACCUGCUAAGAUUUUGCACUCACUGGUAAUAUGGUCUAUGGGUUCUUUAAAUUGAUGACAUUUUCUGCACGUAUCGGUAUGUAUGUUAGAGUCUUUUAUUAUAUAAUUUUGGUAGUUAAGUGUGGCUAUUACUUGAUCCUGAAUUGCAAGGAGAAAUCCCUCAGUUUCAGGAAAAAGCUUUCCAUCUUGGAGCCAUUUAUAUGAGUGUGGCUUUGAUAUAUGUUUCUGCUAUGAUGUACCUAUGCUUUCCAUGUAGCUGUUUUGAUGUCCAUGUAUUGAUUUUUUGUUCUAUAUAUUGAAUUGGGAUAAAGGUAUCCGCCGAAUGGCUGGUUGUGGAUAGAUCGAGUGGCGUAUAGUUCUUGUCUGCCUUGCACACCGCUUGGUGGAGAGAUGUUUGUUUAUCAAGAAAGUAUUUUCGUAUUAUUAUUAUUAUUAUUAUUGUUAACAGCAGUAGGCGGUUUAAAGAAAAACCGAUGAGACUGCCGUAUUUGUUUAGACAGCUAUCGCAUUCUUAGUUUUGAUUGUAUGGUCUAUAGACAGUAGUGCACAAAGGAGGUUAGGGCCCAGAUUGUCAUUUCCUGGUCGAGGCGAUUCUUAAACUGAUUUUUGGAGGUAGAGUUUAUGGUCUCAGCGCUCAGGCGGUUCCAAUUGUAAACAACUCUAUUCUUAAGGAAAUUCCUCCUCAGGAGCUUAUUGCAUCUUUCUUUAGAAAGCUUUUGAUCGUGUCCUCUCAGAUUUAUGUUGUGGCUUGGGUGGAAGAUGUCUCUCAGGCUACAGGCAUAGUGACCGUUGAGUAUUUUAUGUAUUUCAAUGAGAUCACCUCUGAUUCUCCUGUCUCUUAAAGUUGUUGAGGUUCAAUCUCAGGUGCCAUUCCUCAUAGGACAGAUUUUUAAGUUCCUGCGGUAAUCUGGUUAUUCUUCUUUGAACUCUCUCAAUCUGUUCUAUGUCUUUAAUUUAGUAUGGAUUCCAGAUCGUUUGGGCAUAUUCGAGUUUUGGUCUUACAUACGACUUGUAAAGUUUCAAGAUCAUUUCCUUUGAUAAGUCUUUAAAGGCUGUCUGAAUAAGGUAGAUCAUUGAAUUAGCCUUUUUGGACAUUUGUGUGAUACGUGUAUCCCAUUUCAGGUCAUAUGUUAAAGUGACUCCUAAGUCUCAUUGUUUCGUUACUGGUGUUAUUUCCGUUUGUUCAAAGAAAUAGUUGAAAUUGGGAUUGUUUUGACCAAUAUGAAGGACAGUGCAUUUGUAAUCAUUCAGAGGCAUCCCCCACUUAUGUGUCCUAGCUUUAAUGUUGUUAAGGUUCAUUUGUAAUUCAACCUGAUGUAGCAGCGGAUUUGUGUAUAGGUAGGUGUCCAUCAUCAGCAAAUGUCGCAUUAUUCGUGUGAAGCCCUUGAUAGAGAUCACUUAUGUAAGUUAUAAUCAGCAGCGGGCCAAGGACUGAACCCUGAGGAACACCGCUGUAUACUUUGUGCUCCUUUGAAAGUGAGGAAUCCACACGUACAAUCCACACGUACUUGGAAGGUACGUACAGUGAGAAAGCCUUCCAACAACCUCAGAAAUUUACCUCUAACUCCAAAAUGUUCCAAUUUAUAAAGCAAAAAUUCUGUUGGCACCUUGUCGAAUGCUUUUUCAAAAUCAAGGUAAAUGACAUCAAUUGGUUUAUGGUUGUCGUCAGCCAGGGUCCACUCAUUUAGUCUGGUUAGCAGGUUUGUUAAUGUUGAUUUUCCUGGGAGAAAGCCAUGUUGUUCAGCAGGUAAAACAUUUUCAAGUAGAAAAUCAGUGAGUUCUUUGGCUACUAUUUUUUCCAUGCAUUUACGUAGUGCACUUGUUAGACUGAUUGGUCUAUAAUUUUCUGCAUGCUGUUUGUUUCCUUUCUUGUAUAUUGGUGUUACCACAGCCCUCUUCCAGGCUAAAGGGAAAUCUCCUGUGCUCAUUAUGGUGUUAAGCAAGUUGGACAAAGGCUCUUUCAGCACCUGUACAUACACAGUUCUUGAGAAAAACUGGUGUGAUCUCAUCAGGCCCUGGACUAGAGUUUGGUUUCAGCGAUGUGAUGACGGUUUCGACUUUUUCUGCUGUGAAUAUGAUGUUGAUAAUUUCAGUCCUGGAGUAGGUUUCCAAGGGAAGUGUGGGUUUAUUUGUGUUCUGAUCCAGUAAUGUGUAUACGCUUUCAAAUUGCUCUGGAAAGCAUUCUGCAAUUUCUUGGUUUGUCUCAAAUGGUUGUUGGGUUGCAUUAUCAAUUAUGUUAAAGUUUUUAUGCUUGGAGUUGAGGGUGCGAGUUAUGUAUGCAUAUAAUUGUUUGUCGUUUGUCAGUAGAUUAUGUUCAUAAGUUUUUCUUGCCCUCUGCACGCUUUAGUUUUGUUGUUUUGUUGUUGAUACCUCUGAUAGUUAUCUUCAGUUUUGGAUAUUUUAUAUUUAUGUCACAGAUUUCUUUUUAGCUGGAUCUCUUUAAAUAGGUACUUCUUUAGUCAGCCACAGUUUUUGCUUGUUAACUUUUUGAGAUCUUAUUGGUAUGUUUAUGUUGAUUGAUCUGUUUAUUGCUUCGUAAAAGGUGUCAAUAUUUGUUUGAUUUGCUACCUUAUGUAACUCUUGCUGGAGUGAGUUGUUGACAGCAUCAUAGUCAGCUUUCCAGAACUGUCUCUUGUAAACCUUGUGAGUUGGCUGAGUUAUAACUUGAAAUUGCGUUGUGGCUGUAAAUACUACAUGGUCACCUUUUCCCAGCGGUGCAUGUUGGUGAAUAUCGAAAAUUAGUUUCUUCUCAUUUGUUAUAAGUAAGUCUAGAAGUGAUUGCUGGGCAUUUCUAAUUCUUGUUGGGAAAUUAACAUGUUGGUGUCCUCUGUGGUUUUUGUAACUCUCCAGGAAGUCAUAACUGCACUGGUUGUGUGGAUGAAUUACUAGUUUGUCCCAGGUGAUUUCAGGGUAAUUGAAGUCUCCCAUGAUAAAGACAGGCUCUUUUAAUGUCAUAGCACUUUUAAUAGCUCGUAUCAGUCCUAAGUUAAGCUCUACGGUUGUUUUUGGCUUUUUUCUAUAUACACAAGCCACUAGGAACCUAAAAUUGCUGAUUUUAACUUCAAGCCAUUCAAGUAAAACUUUUAACGAAUUUCUCAAAAUGAAACUACUUCUAAUAAAGAAAUAAGCUGAACUUCAAAAAACUCCUGAAAAAUGAAAAUAAACCCUGAUCUCCUGAUAGCAUAAAUAGAAAGUUUAGUGCACAGUCAAUGUGUAGGCUCACGCAUAAUAAUGUUUUAACUCUAUAGGUACACAUCCAUCAUAAGAUCGCAUAAUUUUUUAUAUUUCCCAAAUACCUACUUCUGCUUUAUUUUUCAAAAUGUUUAUUUUUGUUCCCGAUUCACCUAAUUCUGCAAGAAUAAUUACUAACCGUUCAACAGAACUAGUUGAAUACUCCCACUAACAAUAUUACCAACUUUUUUGGUAUAGUAUUUCCAAACUCAAUUGGAACACGGUAUACCAACUGGUGGCUGACUAGUCACUGAGAAUUUCCAUAAGAAAUGCACUGCUACUAGUCAGCCACCAGUUAUAAUUUAUGUUCACCUGGUUCCAAUUAACUUUGAAAAAACUAUACCAAAGACUUCCAAAUGCAGGUGGGUAUGUUAUACCGUGGGUAAGUAUUACGACUAGGGACUGUAGUGUCUUGACUUUCCAAAGGGCCCUAUUUUUCACUCUCGUACCUAGGCCCAAGCCAAGUCCUACUUAGUUUAGGAUAGUGUUUGUCAUUAUUGAUCACCGCUCACCCGCAUUCAAACAACUUAUAGAAAACAAGUAUGUUGAUAUGUAUGUAAAAGUUUUUUUCAACCCUAAACGCCCAAAAACGUUCACUUUGAGGCUCGAAAUGAAAGCUUUUGAGCGGGGCACCAAAAAAAAAUCUUUGACCACAGGUACCUACGUAAGGGUGCUAUAUCUAUAUGGGGCGGCGCAAAUGUUCUUCUUUGCACGCGGGCGGCCGAUAUCCUAGGAUCGGCCCUGGAACCAUCUUCAACUUUUUGACUCCUGGCCCACCCAGUCUUAAGUACUUAAAUCGAAGCUUCCAAUUGUUUGAAUUAACUAAUUCUGAAUCUGUUAUAAUCUUCUCUGAAAGCCGCAAAUACCUUUUCUGGAGUAAAAUAUUCCUCAAGAAGUAUUUUUUUUCAUGCAUCAUUAUAUAGGGAUAUAUUGCGGGUUUCAAGUGAGCACCCAUAAUAUUUACAGAGGUGUAUAAUUGUGUUUAUUCCCAUUUAUGUCUCUGAAUUCGAACCAUAACACCAUUUACAGAUUUCAAUACUGCUUCGGGUGACACCACCAUUUUGUGAGGCGGAUCAGUUGGAUACAACUCGAAGUUUUUGAUUAUGCCCGAUAUCACACUCUUCAUUUCCAAAACUGCAAAUCUUUGUCCUAAAAAUAAUUUGUUUAAUUUACCCAACUAACACAAUAAAAUACUAGUGGAUACUCACCAAUACAGUUUCUUGGUCCAGCACUAAAAGGUAUAUACGAAUAUGGAAGUUUGCCAGUUGAAUCCAAAAAUCUUUCAGGAUUAAAUUCUUCAGGCUUUUCAUAGUAGUCAGGAUCACGGUUAAUUCCGUAAAUGAAUAAAGUUAUCAUGGAUCCUUUAGGAAUGAU